AUGGAUCUUGAUGAUACGCAAAAGACUGCUCCUGAAGAAGUUCAUACUUCAGUAGAUGAAGUUCGUAAAGCCGAAGAGAAGGCACGAGAAGAACGUCUUAAAGAAGAAAAAAAAAUUAAACAACAUGCUCAUGAAGAAGCUAAAAUUGUAAAAGAAGCAAUAAAAGAUAGUUUAGAAAAAAGAGAUCAAAUGAAAAUUUGUUUAAUAUCUAAAAAUAGUAUAUUUUUAAAUUGUAAAUUUGAACUUAAACUUAAACUCAAAUUUGAUUAA